AUGAUUCCAACCAGAGCGCUCUGUUUCCAACAAAUAAUCGAUGAGUCGAAGUACAUUCUGACGGAGUUGACCAAUGUCAGACACCCGAAGAAUAUGGAUUGUUAUGGAAUUCUCAAAAGGAAGAAAGUCCCGAUUUCAUGCUUCGAACGGGAUACAGUUCAGAUUGAAAAUCGAUUCGACAUGAGAUACACUCCAUAUGGAUCAAAAGAUCUUCCGAUCUACUUUAUGUACUCGGACGAAAACCAAUAUCCAAACGAGUUCAAGCCAGCAACCAAAAGAAUAAAACUGGAGGACUACUCAUUGGAGCAACAGAUGCCAGUGGACUCAUUCGGUGGUCAAGAACGUGGAGUUACUGGAGAACUCAACAACGCUGUUCUCAACUUCAAUUGUCCGAUGCCUUCCUCAUCACUCACUGCCACUUUCUCCCCAGUUGCGUCCCCACCCUCGACAUCUUCCCGACCUCGUUCCAUGUCCGCCGAACAGGCUCAUGAGCUUCUGAGUACACCAAUACCAGAUAACGUCUACCUCGAUACCAAGGACAUUGCCAGACAAAUGAGGGAGUGGUUCUCUCUGGGAAUCUGUACCCAGGCCUUCUUUGCUGUACAUGUUCUAGGAACAGUACGAAACCGUUUGCAUAGAGUUCUGACCAUCCCACCACCAUUCAAUUCUUUGAAGUCUGGAAAGGAAUUGUAUAUCAAAAUGCAUAAUUGGUUGAAGCUGUCGGAAGAUGUGAAAAAGGAAAUUUUGUCGGUAUUUGGAAUCAACGAUGAAAAGCCGAAGAAGUUUAUGAGAGGUCCAGAAGACAUGGAGAGUUUUCCAGAUGAGUACGACUACCCAAAGCUGAUCACCCGAAAACGGCAAGUAUCACUGGAAUCGGAGGCGUCUUCUGAUUCCGGCGUUUCAACAAUGUCUACUCGUUCAUCUUGCCACUCAUCAGUCUCUACACAGAUGUUCGAAACUAUCGAAGAGGGUUAUGAUUGCCCAGAAGAGUUCAUCCUUCACUCGCAGACGUCUUCCGUCUCAUCACUGUCUCCUCAAUCAUCCUUCCACACAUCGAUUACCGCCGAGACAUUCAAUGACCUCAUCAACAAACCAGCCAAUUAUGUUAACACCAAAAAGAUCUCCAUUUUGAUCAAGGAUUGGCUCGAAAGAACUCAAGCGACGCAGGAGUGGUUUGCCACGAAGAUCUUGAAAAGAUGCAGAAGGACACUCAACCAAUGUCUGAAUAAUCCAAAGGACUGGAAAGAAUUGAGUCAAAAAAGAGAAAUUUACGUGAAGAUGCACAAUUGGAUGUGUCUGGCGGAGGAGCAGAGACACGAGAUGAUGAGAGUAUACAAGGCGCCCAACAUGGACUCCCACUAA